ACUCUCGCCUGUUUCCACGCUCGCCUCAGUUUCCACCCUCCUCCCGCUGUGAUGCCGGGCAGUGUUUUUCCGGACGGUCGGACCACUCUUGGAGCCGUGUCUCCCCGCUCUCCCAGCCUCACUUUCAGGCGUCCCGGCACCCGUCGGCGCGAGCAAGCUUCUCUGGGGGAAAUGCGCCCAGCACCUUCUUCCGGGCAACGCGUGCACCCCAGCAAGUCUCCCUGAAUUCUCUACGGGGCUUCCAGGAGUUAGGGCUCUGCACCAAUCACGGCCCUCGCUAGGAGGCCCUCAGCCCCCGUCUCCAUAGCAACUCCCUGCCGAGACUGGGUCACCCCUUCCUCCGCCCUGGGGACCGCAAGCGAGCCUCCCAUUUUCUUCCCGCAGAGAGCCGGGGCCCCGGGACCGGGCCCGAGCGGAGUGGUCGGUUUGGCCUUCCGCGCGCGUGCGCGGCCCGUUGACGCUCUUUUGUUGUCAGCGGCGGUAGGCGGGCCCCGGGCGUCUCCACGGUAACCGGUGGACUGAGCAGGUGGUUUCCAGGGCAACCCCGUGUACCGCCUGGUGUCUGAGAGGAUGGGAGAGGUGGGGUGAGGGUAGAGAUGCUGAGCGAGCAAGACAGCGAGGAGAGAGUGAAAUUUUCCACAGAAAAAAAGGCAGGCACAAGGACAUCGUCAUGGUGGUGGUGGUGGUGGCAGCGGCAAGGACCACAUAAUCCUGCUCCAUUUCAAGUCCUCUCCCACACCAGAAUUCGAAAGUAUCAAUUCUUCCGCGCUCAGCCUUCUUUAUAGUCCUACUUUCACAUCCAUACCUUGUGAUUUAUCCAGCCUGGCAUUUCACCAGUUACUAGCAUGCAUAUAAGAAAAUUACAGCUUAUUAAAAACUUCAUGAAAGAGGAAGAAAAAACAAGAAAGUGACGGAAAGCAGACGGCAGACAAGACAGAAGGAAAUUAAUAGGCAAGAAAGCCAUCCUUGGACUGACACGGCUUUGAGCUUCCCCGCUUGGACUCAGCGUUGGGCAGGCGCCUCACAGAACUACACUUCCCGUCAGGCCCUGGGCGACCGGGCACAGCAGCAGGAUUGGAUUCCCCUCCAAUCCUGGUCGUCGCCCGGCAACCUCCGCCUCCGUCGCUAAAGAUGAAGGCUGGGCUCGGCCGCCGCUGGGAAGCGGCGAAUGAGGCCGGAGAUGAGGAGGCUCUGCAGCCCCGUAGGCCCAGUUGAGUCAGCUGGCCCAUGUUGCGGCCCGGAGGUGCUACUUUCGCAUGGUUUGAAAUGCAAAAGGGACAAAGGGAGAAGUUGGCCUCCCUUCAGUGUACUUCAUUUGGCAGAGAUGGCGUGGCAGGAGAGGCCCAGGGGCCACUGUGGCACGGCGCUGGGUACCGCUGACGGGCAGAGGGAAGAGAGCGUGUUGAAGUGCAUGGCUCGGGGAGGCAGCCUGAAGCCCCCCCAGCCGCAGGGCUUGGGAAAGGCGCCCCUCGGGCUUGGCUUCCGCCACAGUGCCAAGCGGGACCGGAAGUCCAUCACCCUGCACGUGAAGCUGGAGGUACUUCGGCGCUUUGAGGAGGGGCAGAAACUGACGCAGAUUGCCCGCGCCCUGGGGCUGGCCACCUCCACGGUCGCCUCCAUCCGUGUCAUCAAGGACAGGAUCCGGGCCAGUUCUCAAGCAGCCACGCCCAUCUGCACCACGCAGCUCACGCGCUGCCGGGGCGCACUGAUGGGGCGCAUGGAGCGCCUGCUGAGCCUGUGGAUGGAGGAGCAGAAGCGGAAGAACCUGCCAGUCAGCACGGUGCUCAUCCAGGAUCAGGCGUGCCGGCUCUUUGCUCAGCUGCAGCAGGAGCAGGGCAGUGGCGGCCAGGCCGAGACCUUUGGGGCCAGCAACGGCUGGUUUGCCCGGUUCAAGGUGCGCCACAAUGUGCUGCUGACGGACGAGCCCGCCGUGGCCGACGCCCAGGCUGCUGCGUGCUACCCGGCGGUGUUGCGCGCCAUCCUGGAGGAGGGCUGCUACUCACCGCGACAGGUCUUCAACGUGGACGAGACAGGCCUGUUCUGGAAGCGGCUGCCUGAGCGCAUGCUUCUGGCACAGGAGGGGACAGCUGGGCCCCGGCCCAAGGCCUCUAAGGACCACCUGACGCUGCUGCUCGGUGGCAAUGCAGCUGGUGACUUCAAGCUGAAGCCCCUGCUGGUGUACCCCUCGGAGAACCCACGUGCCCUCAGGGGCUGCUCCAAGGCCAACCUGCCUGUGGUCUGGCGCUCCAACCGCAAUGACUGGUUGACGCCUGUCAUCUUCCAGGAGUGGUUUACUAGCUGCUUCUGCCCCGCUGUGGAAAGCUACUGUGCCAGCCACGGCCUCCCGCACCGUGCCCUGCUGCUGCUGGACAGCGCGCCCUGCCACCCUGUCCACUUGGGUGGCCUCUCGGCCCAUGUGCGAGUUGAGUUCCUGCCCAAGAACACGUCCACCCUGAUCCAGCCCAUGAACCAGGGUGUCAUCACCACCUUCAAGUCCCAGUAUCUUCGCCGCACACUCAGCCAGCUGGCCCAGGAGACGGGUGGUGCAGACCAACCCUCUGUGUGGGAGUUCUGGCGCAGCUACACCAUCGUGACCGCUGUGGACAACAUUGCUGAGGCCUGGGUGGAGCUGCAGCCUGCCACCAUGAACAGUGCCUGGAGAAAGCUCUGGCCCGAGUGUGUGCUGACUGGUGCUCCCAAGCCCAGCGCUGUACCCCAGCUACCCCGCAGCAUCGAGGCACUAGCCAGCCGCACAGGCCUGGGUGAUGAGGCUGAGGCCAACGUUGUUAGCCACCUGCUGCAGGCCCCCGGGGAGCCCACACCCAUCCCCUUGGGUAUGGACAGUGGGCACGUCCGUGGCCCUGGGCUGCCCUGCCAGGCUAGUCAGGGCCUGGCCUCUAGAAGACCGGAGUCGGAGGCCACAGGGGGUACGGAGGCCGAGGGCACAGGUGUGGGUGCACUGUGCCCCGAGCAUCUGGCCCGGGCCCUGUCCCACUUUGCCGCUGGCCUGCGAGUCCUCUCAGAGAACAAUCCUAACUGGGAACGCAGCCUGCGGGUGUCCCGGGCUGUCUACUAUGCCCUUGCCCACCUCUGGGAGCUGCUCCGGGAAAGGAGGCUACAGGCUCAGGCUGCUCCUGGGCCUCCAGAGGCCCCAUGACGGUGGCAACAAAAGAGAUGUCAGAAAAUCUGCACUCAGCCCAGGUGGGGCCCACAGAGGGUGGGUGAGUGGCCACGGGUACAGACUCUGAAGGACAGACCUCUUUAAAUGACCUGUGUGAUUUGAGGCUUGGGCCUGAUUGCAAAUA